AUGCACGAGCAGGAGGACAGGGAGCACGCCGGUCUCAUUAGCGGCCGCGGUAUCCGCGCGUACGAGCCGCCUACCAUCCGCAAGAUGUACGACUCGGUCACGCAACCCACUCUCUCCGCAACCCCUUCUUCUCCUGAAGUUCUCGGCUCCAAGGCGCAAGCGCCAACCUCGCCGUCGAACGCGGAGAACCAGCAACCCGCGUCCUCCGUCACCUCCGCCUCUUCAGCCGCCGCGUCAUCCGCGGGAGCGUUCUCGUUGAUUCAGGAUCUGCUAUCCGGGCAGCGGCUGUUCAGCGAGGUGCUGCCGUGGUCGCGCUCUAACCCCCCCGCGGACGCCGCCAAUACGGGCGACGCGCUUCUCAAGCAGGCGGGACUCGACGGCUUCACUCUCCUGUCGCCCAACGCCCAGUCGCAGAAUCAGUCGUCGGCCGUCGCACAGUCGCCGCAGAAGGAGCCGACCGCGUCGCAGGCCGCAACCGUGGGCCUUCUACCGCUCGGCGACGAGGUGACCAGCCCUGAGCUCGUGUCUUCCCCGCAAAGGUCCUCCGCGCUUUCCCCGCCCGCCACCAGCGCGGAUACCACUGGCGGAAGCCCCCCCUCCGUUCCGCGGCUGUCUCGUGUGCGUCGUUCCGCGCAUCGCGCCGGGGCAGUCUCUGUGUCUUGUUCCUCCGCCUCUUCCGCCCCCGCGCUCCGCACUCCCUCAUCGGCGCAAUCUGCGCGUGCCCCCUCCCCUUCGCGCAUCGUGAGCCUGUCGGAAAACUCCCCCUCGUGCGUCGGACAGGGGGUAUCCCCCUCUUCGAACGCCACGUCAUCAAUCGGCGCGCAGCAGAAUCCCCUGCGGGCCCUUACACCCGCGCAACAGCUGCGCGCCGAACUGGCGGAGCGGCGCAGCGGCGCGGCGGCAAAGCUGUUCUCCGACGCCGCCAAGGAGGCGCUGCUCGUGCGCGCGGGGCUGCUGCCGGGGCCCGCGGAGGCUGGCGCGACCCGCGCGCGCAGCAGCGAAGAAGGCGCAAGCGCCGGCGCCGGCGACAGCGCGGGCGCAAUCCGCGCAACUCUCGCGGAGCGAGUGGCGCAGUCGGCGUCCGCUGGCGCCACCAGCGCGACGCCAAGCAAGAUCGAGGAAGGGUGGCAAUCGGAGAGUGUGGCGGAAUCGCUCAGGCUGAGCGGGGAGCUGCGGAGCAGGCUGAGAGCUGCGCUCGGGGAGAGGGAUUGCGCCAAGGGCGACGCGCUCAAUCGUGACACCUUGCUGCUCGCUGUGGUCGCACACAUGUCGCGAUCCAAUCGCCUGUCGUCGCAGCACCAUCGUGCCGUCGCACAGGCGCACAGAGGCACAUCCGCACAUUCGCACCACCGCGGCGCGCCAGGGCGUGGCGGCGGCAGCGGCCAGCUGUGCGGCCGCUUGCUGCUGCUACUCGUCGUCGCACAAGCUCUCUAUAUUCUUAAGCUUAAAUUCUCCCCGCGAUCCGACGCGCAGCAGCAGAGCGCAUCGACGGCCGCCCAGGGCCAAUCGAACGGUCACGAUUUGACGAAGCUGUUCAGCGCAAGCGGGGUGGGAAGCUCGCAGCGGGAGGCCGACGCGGAUUCGAUUCACCUCGGCGGCCCGCGGACCUACGACGCGUCGGGUGGCGCCGCGAGAUUCGCGGGCGACGAGCGCAAGUGGGUGCGGAAAUUCGCUGGCGGCGGGAUCGACGCGAAAGACGACUCGGAGCCGAAAGGCGUGGAGUUUCGUAGCGGCGACGAUGAUUGGAUGGUGGACGGGACUAAGACGACUCGCCCCCUGAUAGUAGACGAUGAGAGCGAAAGAAGUGGGAGGGGCGGUGGCGGGGGGGAGGAGGCGGAGCGGAAGGGCGUAGAGUUUCGGAGCGGCGACGAUGACUGGAUGGUGGACGGGACGCAGACGACUCGGCCGCUGAUAUCCCCAUUGGACGAGCCGUCUGAGUGGUCCCCACUGCAGGGCGCUCCUGACGGGCUGACGUGUCGCUCAUGGCUGCAGGAGGCUGAUGACGUGGCGUUUGGGCGGGACUUUGAGAAGCAGCCAAUCGCAGUGAUGGCAUAUGAGACCCCCCGCAGGUACCCGUGUGAUGUGCCGUGCGAGAUGGUGGGCAAGCGCCGCCCGUCCCAGCUGGACGGCAGCCUGGCGGGCAACGUGCCGCGGCACAAGCUGGUGCUGCGAUCCAUGGAACCGCGGGGGUACUACAGGAGCAACGACCCUGCAUGGGCGCACAAGGAUCAUGCUGUGGUGAUGACAGUGCACUACGAUUCAGACGUGCCAGUGCAGUACGGGUCAUGGGAGGAGUAUGAUGUCAUGCGCCCACCUGUCAACAAAACCGCGUCGGCUCUCGCUGCUGCCUUUAUCAGCAACUGCAAUGCCAACAGCUUCAGACUCGAAGCGAUAAAAGAGCUAAGCCGGCACAUGGAGGUGCACUCAUACGGCCGCUGUCUCAACAACAUGCCAUACGAAAAAGACAAACUCCCUGUGCUCGCACGGCACUUCUUCUCCCUCGCAUUUGAGAACACCUGUGAAGGCGACUACGUGACUGAAAAGUUCUGGCAGUGCCUCGUAGCCGGCUCUGUCCCCGUCGUCAUCGGCGCCCCCAACAUCGCCGAUUUCGCCCCUUCCCCCAACUCCUAUCUGGAAAUCAAAUCUCUGGAGGACGUGCCGCGGGUGGCGCAGCAGAUGGUUACGCUUGCUGGUAACCAGACGGCAUAUGACGAGAUGCUCGCGUGGAAGAAAGACGGGCCUUCCCAGGCCUUUAUCGCUAAUAUGGAUCUCUCAGCUGUUCACUCCUCCUGCCGCCUCUGCAUUUUCCUUGCCGACCGGAUCCGGAGAAAGGACCUGGAUGCUGCCAAAACCCGCCGCCCGUGCCGGUGCGAGGCGCCGGGGAAGCGCGAGGGGGAGAAGCUGGUGGUAUACCACCUGUACGUGAGAGAACGGGGGACGUUUCACUUCACCUCAGUCUUCCUGCGCAGUGACCACCUCACUUUAAGAGGACUCACUUUAGCUAUAAGACGCAGCUUUCAAAAAAAGGCGUACCGGCCGGUGUGGGUGGGGAAGCGGCCGGCGUCGCUUGGAGGGGAUGAAAAGGCAUGGGCUUUGAAGAUUUAUAGGAUAUACCCGGCGGGCUCAACGCAGAGAGAGGCGUUGUGGGGUGAUGCGUGGUUUAGGAACUCGUCUCAGGUGGUGGCACAUGUGACUGCACACCCCUGUGCUCGGCUAGAAGUGAUCUUCGUAUGA